ACCCAGAGAAGAACAAAUUGAGAGGCAUUUGAAAAGGAGGAACAGCUGAAAGAAGUAGGUUCAAUCAGAUUCGACAUUCUGGGUAGCCCAUUAAAAAGGACAUCAGCAGUCCAGAGCAUAUCCAGAGAAGAACAAUAUCCAGAGGCGUUUGAAAAGGAGGAACCCUUGAAAGAAGUAGGUGGAAAAGUUCCACUAGAAGGACCAAACAUCCAAGCACACGGCCAUGUUGCCACGAUGGAUCCUCUCCCUGGCUGCCUCUUUUCUACUGCCUGCAACUGGGGAGGUAGUGACCAAUUUCAAAACCUGCACUCAGUUUUUUUUAAAUCAUAAAUCCCCCAAGUUGCCACUGCUGUCAAGAAUCUGGCCACAAUCUGCCAGUACUACCAGGCCAAGUAUCGAUUUGCCACAAUGUACGACAAAGAUCGGCGCAUCCCUAUAUUCUCGGCAUAUAAAUACCAACCAGGUGGAAGCGGAAGAACAAACGACUGGAAGAUCGAACCGCAGCUUGCGCUGCCUAGGGACCGUACACAAAAAAGCAUGGAAUCGGAAAAAUCUUGUAAAAUCAACCACAAGCUCCUUCAACACAGCCAGGCUCUUUCCAAUGAUUACAAACAGACUACUGUAUACAACCGAGGACACUUGCUACCUGUGUCCCAUCAACCGAAUCGGGACAGCAAAGCCGCGACCUUCACCUUAACCAACGUCGUGCCCCAGUUUCGCCGACUCAAUCAAGGAAAAUGGGCAGAAUAUGAAAGAAAUAUGACGAAACUUUCUAAAGGGUGCCUUGAUACCUAUGUCCUUAUGGGAGUGGUGCCAGGGGAUAAAUUCAUUGCUCAUGGCAGAGUGAACAUACCUAGUCAUAUGUGGGCUGCAGCUUGUUGUGUGACUAACGCAAGCAGAGAAAAUCUUGGGAGUGAUGGCAGAAAAUAAUCAGAUUCAGAUAGUCCAGCCUAGCCUAAGGGAACUGGAAAUAGAACUUGCUAAACACUACGGAAGAAGAAAAUUGACCUUUUCAACGGUGCUUGUUAUUCUGCCAAACAAUUUCACAUAACAAACACAUCCAGGGUACAAACCUAAUAGCUUACCUGUAUGACACAUUAAAUGAAAGCAAUAGCUAGUUAGCCAAAAGCAAAAGCAAAAGUUAGCAAUAGCACUUAGACUUAUAUAUCGCUUCAUAGUGCUUUGCAGCAGUGGUGAAAUCCAAAUUUUUUUACUACUGGUUCUGUGGGCGUGGC